AUGCCAAGCGACACAACCACACCCCGCGUAACCCAGCAAGGCGCCGCGGCGCUCGACGCGCUCCUGUCCGAAGUCGUCGACAGUCACCAGCUGCCCGCGCUGACGAUCGGCGCGACGAGCGCCCACGGCCCGCUGUACUUUGCGGCGCGCGGCGACCGCGUGUUCGGCGACAGCGCCAAGGGACAAGUGGGCGAGGAUACCGUGCUGCAGCUCUACUCGCAGACCAAGCUCGUCGUUGCCGUGUCGGCGCUGCAGCUCGUCGACCGCGGCGUGUGGAGCUUGGACGACGCCAGCGUCGUGGAGGCGCAUGCGCCCGAGCUUUGGAAGCAGGAGAUUCUGAGCUACGACGAGAACGACAACGAAGUCUACAGGCCGCGCAAGACGCCCCUCACGCUGCGCCACCUCCUCAACCACACCAGCGGCCUAGCGUACCCCUUCUCCUCGCCCGUCUUGGCGAAGUGGGCGGCGAAGCACAAGCUCGCCACCCAGCGCGACCCUAACGCCGGCAUCGCGCCGUUCGAGGUGCCCCUGCUCUUCGAGCCCGGCACGCAGUGGAAGUACAGCGUCGGCAUCGACUGGGUCGGGAUCAUCCUCGAGCGCGUGACCGGCACCACGUUGGAGGAGUACUUCCGCGCGAACAUCUGGCAGCCGCUGGGCAUCAAGAGCAUCACCUUCAACGCGACGGACGCGAACAUUGCCAAGCUGCAGACACCGCAGGCGCGCGUCGAGAAGGACGGCCAGGUGUCGUGGGUCCCGAGCGAGGGGUCGCUGCGCGACUUGACCCCUGGCGUGGUGUACAAGCAGGCGAGCGGCGGCGGCGGCCUGCUGGGCACCGCGAAGGACUACCUGUCCUUCCUGGCGGCCAUCCUGCGGUCGCGCGAGCCCGGGGGAAUCGUCUCGCCCGCAGGCUACAAGGAGCUGUUCAGCAACACGCUCGGCGAGCGGGGCGCCGACAACGAGACGUACGCCGGGCUCGCGGCGUACGCGUUCCUCCAGCCCCUCGACAAGAGUUUAGUCGAGAACAACGCCGCGCACCUCGGCUUCUCGGUUGGCCUCGGGCUUGCGCUCGCCGACACUGCGACGGGGCGCAAGAAGGGCUCGGGGCACUGGGGCGGCAUUGCGAAGACUGGCUUCUGGCUCGACCCCACCAGCGGGAUCGCGGCGGUGAUUGGCACGCAGAUCUUCACGCCCGGCGUGCUGUUCGAGCCGGCGUUCAACGCCGUGUAUGCGCGCUUCGAGCGCACGCUGUACGAUGGGCUCGAGCUGUAGUUUAGUUGUAGAAUAGGAUAUGGAGGGAUGCCUUGCCGACCGGGGCACCGACCGCACCGUCGCGCGCGCGCGCUCGCCGACGAUGCUCUUGGCGUGCGGAGAGCAGUGCGCGAGAUCGGUGCGGGGCACACCAUGCACACAUCAUGUCGCG